AUGAAGGGGCAGGCGAUAGCCGACUUCGUCUCAGAAUUCACGCCAAGCAUUCUAUCUACAGAGCAUCAGAGCUGGACGUUGCACGUCAACGGAGCAUCCAACAGACACGGGAGUGGGGCAGGAAUUGUUCUCUUGGCACCGGGCGGGACCGAGGUGGAAUAUGCCCUCCGCUUCCAGUUUAAAACAACGAACAACGAGGCAGAAUACGAGGCCCUCCUCGCCGGGCUCCGGCUUGCCCAAGAUCUCGGCGCCCAGGGCCUCGGAGCGCACAGUGACUCGUUGCUCGUCGUCAACCAAAUCAACAAUACCUACCAGGCCAGAGGCAAGCGAAUGGGCCAGUACGUCAAGGAAGCACAGCGCCUGGCCUCACAAUUUGUACACUUCGCCAUCUCUCAGGUCCCACGAAGCCAGAACAGCAGAGCCGACGCUCUCGCCAAGUUGGCCUCGGCCCUCGACGGGGGCAUCAAGCGGUCCAUCCCCAUCGAGUACCUCGCCAACCCUACUAUCAGCGAAACGCCAACAGAGACCAUGGCCAUCGGGAACAACGAUAACUGGAGACACCCAUCUACGCAUACCUCGCCAGCGGGACCUUUCCCACCGAUUCUAACGCGGCAUGCCGCCUACAGCUCCAAUCCGGCCGAUACACCAUCAUCAACACACAGCUCUACAAACGUGGAUGGCCACGAAAUCCUUCGGGAGGUGCACGAGGGUGUCUGCGGCGACCAAUCUGCUUCCCGAGCAAUGGCUUCUAAAGUCCUCUGA